AUGAUUGAUGGCGUUUCCACGUGCGUACCUGAGCCCACAGAGCUCACCACCUGCUGGGCGAUGGGGGAUCCACACUACAGAACAUUUGAUGGACGACGCUUUGACUUCAUGGGCACGUGCACAUAUGUCAUGGCUAAAAACUGUGGAGCGAGAGGUCUUCCAGCGUUUGAGGUUCUGGCUCAAAAUGAAAACAGAGGCAACCGCAAAGUGUCCUACGUUGGACUGGUCGUGGUGACGGUGUACAAUACGACUAUUACGGUGGUGUACUCGGAGAAUGGCUUAGUCAGGAUUGACAACACUGCCUGGGGAUUGCCUAUCUCCUUAAACAGUGGAAAACUGCUGAUUUUUCAAAGUGGUCGUUCAGUUGUUAUUGAGACUGACUUUGGCCUACAUGUGCGCUAUGACUGGCAUCACUCACUGGUUGUAGGCCUGCCUAGUUCUUACAAAGGAUAUACAUGUGGCCUUUGCGGAAACUUCAACGGGAACUCCAGCGAUGACUUUGCAACUCCUUCAGGCAGCCAGGCAGGGAGCGUGGUGGAGUUUGGCAGCAGCUGGAAAGUACCUGGCCCCAUGGACGAUGCCCACUGCAGAGAUGACUGUGUGGGUGGAUGUCAAGAGAAGUGCGAGCACAAGCUGCUGCACAUAUGGGAAGGAAACUCUUUCUGUGGAAUAAUCACAAUGGCGGGAAAAAAUGGGCCGUUCAGUCAAUGCCACAGGUUAGUGGACCCAGAAGCGUACUUUGAGAGCUGUACAUUUGACGUGUGCAUAGGAUUGGGGCAGCGUCUGUAUCUGUGCAAAGCUCUGGAGGCCUAUGCUGAUGCAUGUCAAAGUGCAGGAGUGGAGGUCUACGACUGGAGGACCAUAGCCAGAUGCCCUGCUCAAUGCCCUCGCAACAGCCACUAUGAGCUCUGUGGAAGCGCGUGCCCAGCCACCUGCUCUGACCCAGCUGCGCCCUCCAAAUGCAAACGCCCGUGUAUUGAGACCUGCACAUGCAACAAGGGCUUCGUGUGGAGUGGAAAACAGUGUGUCCCGGAGAAGAAAUGCGGCUGCAUCUACAACGGCCGCUACGUUCCAGCUGGGAAUUCAUUUUGGGCGGAUGAGGACUGUGGUAGAUGGUGCACGUGUGACCCCAAAGACCGUGAGGUAAAUAACGAGUUUGUGAACCUCCCAAUCAGUCUUCAAGAUGGAGAUGUGAAGGUUUAUAAAAGUGGGUGGUACGCGGUCAUCAGCACAAACUUUGGCCUGAGAGUUGCAUACAACUGGAAAGGUGCCGUUUUUGUUAUUCUUACCAGCGACUACAAGGGAGCUGUGUGCGGUCUUUGCGGCAAUUACAACGAUAUACCACAGGACGAUCUUAUUCCUAAAAACGGUAACAAACCUGUCGAACCGGCAGUCUUCGGCGCCAGUUGGAGAGUGGCGGAGAUCCCAGGAUGCCUUGACGCGUGUGAAGGGAAGUGCCCAGACUGUGACAUAACUGAGAAGGAUAAAUAUGAGAGCAAUGAUUAUUGCGGAAUUAUAAAAGAUCCCAGAGGUCCCUUCCGCGAUUGCCACGCACAAGUAGACCCGGCCGACGCCUUUGAAGACUGCGUGUUUGAUGUGUGCAUGUACGAAGGGAUAAAAGAUGUUCUGUGUCAGGCCAUCACCGACUACACUUCUGCAUGUCAAGAAGUAGGAGCUGAAGUCUACAGCUGGCGUACCGAGCGGUUCUGUCCCAUAAAGUGUUCGGCCAACAGCCACUACGAGGUGUGUGGGACUGCUUGUCCCGCGACCUGCCCAAGUCUGGCCCCACCCCGUGGCUGUCAUGUACGUUGCAUGGAGGACUGUAUCUGUGAUGAAGGCUACAUCCUCAGCGGAGGCGUCUGUGUACCCCUCUCACACUGUGGGUGUGAGUACGAAGACCGCUACUACCAAAUCGGAGAAGUAUUCUUCCCCAAUGGAAAGUGUGACGAAGAAUGCCAGUCGCCCAAAGGUCCUUUCGCCAGCUGCCACAGUAUACUGGACCCUAAGCAGUUCUUUGAGGACUGUGUGUUUGACGUGUGUGCAGCGAAUGGAGAUGAAAGUGUGCAAUGUGACAGUGUAGCGGCCUAUGCUUUCAGUUGUCAGAAGGCAGGAGCGGAUAUUCAAAUCUGGAGGUCUCCUUUCUUCUGUCCGAUGAAGUGUCCGGCCAACAGCCACUAUGAGCUAUGUGCCGACUUGAGUGGUGUGGCCUGUUCGGGACUCGCAGAAAUAGUGCCGUUUAACACUGGCUGCAGAGAGGGCUGUGAAUGUGACACCGGUUUUGUGUUCAAUGGAGAGACAUGUGUCGAAGAGGAUGAAUGUGGCUGCUCUGAUGGGCAAAGAACAUACAAGGUGGAUCCAAAACCUUUCCUGGACAGCUGUGUGUUUGACAUGUGUAUGAACAAGGGGGACAAGAAGAUACUUUGUCAGACGCUGGCCUCCUACACUCAGCAAUGUCGUGAGGAAGGAGUUGAAAUCACCGGCUGGAGGCGGAAAUUUGGCUGCCCAAUGAACUGCCAGCCCCACAGUCACUUUGAGGAAUGUGCCAGCCCGUGCCAGCCGACCUGCCCCUUCCCCGAGCAGCAGCAGAUCUGCGCCACCGUUUGUGUGGAGACCUGUGUGUGCGAUAAGGGCUAUGUCCUGAGUGCCGGCGUGUGCGUCCCAGAAGCAACUUGCGGCUGCUCCUAUCAGGGGCGCUACUACAAACCAGGCCAGCGCUUCUGGGAAGGCCCGGGCUGUGGGCGCCUCUGUGAGUGUGACACGACUCUGGGGAUGGUGGUCUGUGACGAGGCUUCAUGCUCGGACAAUGAGGAGUGCUCUGUGGUGGACUGGAUCCGUGCUUGUCGGCCCAAGAGAUAUGCCACAUGUACAGCUGCUGGAGACCCUCACUACACGACGUUUGACGGCCGUAAAUUUGACUUCCAGGGUACUUGUAAAUAUCAGCUGGCAGCGUUGUGUGUGAAGAACCGGUAUCUGGAACCAUUUAAAGUCACCGUGCAGAAUGAAAACAGAGGCAACAACUUAGCCGUGUCCAUCACCAGAACUGUGAUCAUCGAGAUGUACGGUGUCACGAUCAUCAUCAGUCGAGAGAACCCCAAUAAAAUUAAGCUUGACGGUCAGCUCGAGGACUUGCCCCUGCAGUACAGCGAUGACCUGUGGGUGUCACACAGCGGUCAAAAAGCGGUGGUCGAAACAGCAGCUGGUAUCACUAUAACCUUUGACUGGCACCACCGUGUCUCUGUGACUCUGCCAAGCAAGUACCAGGGUGCUGUAUGCGGUCUGUGUGGAAACUAUAAUGAAAAUCCUAACGACGAUUUCAACAAGCCCAAUGGCGAGGCUGCUAAUACUGAAGUCCAGCUGGGGGAGAGCUGGAGGGUCGGCAUUGUUCAGGGCUGCUUAUCAGUGUGCCAGGGGCCGAGGUGCAGUCGCUGUGAUGGCUCCCAGAAAGAUGUGUACAAAGAAAAGAAAUACUGUGGCAUUAUUGCGGACGAGAGGGGACCAUUCAAAGAGUGCCACAGCCACAUUAAUAAUGCCCCAUAUCUGGAGGACUGUGCGUUUGAUGCGUGUCAGUAUGAUGGGCACCACGGCUCUGUGUGUGAUGCCAUCGAGGCUUAUGUGUCCGCCUGUCAGAGCGCAGGGGUAGAGGUGCGCCCAUGGAGGACGUACAAGUUCUGUCCGAUGUCGUGCCCCGCUAACAGCCAUUACACCCUCUGUGCCACGAGCUGCCCCGCCACCUGUGCCAUCUUCUCCCAGAGGAACUGCAACAGACCAUGCGCAGGAACGUGUGAAUGCGACGAUGGCUUCCUGCUGAGUGGGGGAGCCUGUGUGCCCAUCAAAGACUGCGGCUGCUCCUACGGCGGACACUAUUACCAGAGCGGUGCUGUCUUUUAUCCAGACGACAAAUGUUUGGAGAAGUGUGUCUGCGGAAAAAAUGGCGCUGUUUUAUGUCAAAAGACCAAUUGCCGUCACGGUGAGGAGUGUAAACUGGUGGAUGGUGUCAGAGGCUGUCAUCCUGUGGGGGAGGCGUGGUGCGUGGCUUCCGGAGAUCCACAUUACCACACCUUUGAUGGCCACAGGUUUGACUUCCAGGGUACAUGCGUUUAUAUUCUGGCCAAAGUGUGCGAUGACGAUGAAGGCCAACUGACGUCAUUCACCGUGACGCAAGGAAAUGAGAAGUGGGGCAAUGGAAACGUGGCGGUCACAAAGUCGGUGGGAGUUGAAGUCUAUGGUUUUGUCAUCUAUAUUCAGCGAGGAGACAGCUGGAAAGUCAAAGUGAACGGUGAAUUUGUCAAUCUGCCCUCGUCCCUACACGACGGUCGCAUCCAAAUAACCCAAGAGGGACGCAACAUCAUUGUCAGAACUGACUUUGGUUUGAGAGUUCAGUACGAUACCGUCUAUUACGUUGAAGUCAUCGUACCGUCUACAUACUGGCGAAGAAUGUGUGGCCUUUGUGGCAACUACAACAAAAAACCCGAUGAUGACUUCUUACUGCCAGACGGAAAAUUCACUGAAGAUGUCGACGUGUUUGGAAAGGCAUGGGCCGUGGAGCUCCCUGGUUUUGAUUGUGGAGGUUGCGGAAGCCAAUGUCCAGUGUGUGAUCCAGCUAAAGCAGCAGUACUUGGGAAGCCGGACUUCUGUGGUAUCAUACAAGCAUAUGAUGGGCCUUUCAAAGAGUGCCACAGCAGGAUUAAUCCCCUCAGAUAUUUCUCAGACUGCGUCUUUGAUGUGUGUGAAGAUAAGGAUGCUCUGUGCGACAGCAUCAUGGCCUAUGCUCUGGCCUGUCAGAGUGCUGGAGUUCAGAUUCAACAGUGGAGGACCGACUCCUUCUGCUCUGCUUCGUGCCCAGAGAACAGCCACUAUGAGCUGUGUGCAGACACCUGUGGAAGCUCCUGUGUUGGACUCCUGAAAGCGGUGUCCUGCUCUGAGAACUGCUUUGAAGGAUGCCAGUGUGACCAGGGGUUUGUGUUUGAUGGGGAACAGUGUGUUUCUCCCAGCAAGUGCGGAUGUCUACACAACGACAGAUAUCUAAAGGUCGGUGAAUCGGUCGUCGACCCUCAAUGCCAGUCCUCAUGUGUGUGUCAGGCGCCUGGAAUAGUUAAAUGUGAAAAGAAAUUAUGCGGCAGCUCUGAGGUCUGUGAGGUCCGCGACGGUGUGAGGGACUGCCACCCAACUCAAGGCCAGUGCAGCAUCGACAAAGCCGCUCACCUCUCCACCUUCGACGGCUUGACGGGGCCCAUGGCUGAUCUCGGGGCUUUCGAGGUGGCCUCCCUGUGGAACUUCACUGAUGCGCGCUGGUUCAGGGUGGUGGUGGACGUGCGCAGAUGUGGGAAUGGAAGUCUUGCUGUGGACGCAGUCUACGUCUUCUUUAAAAACUACAGCAUCGCAGUGAAUGGUCAACAGGAAGUUUGGGUGAAUGGCAGAAAGACGUCCCUCCCAGUGCGACUGGGCUGUGAUGUUUCCGUGCACAUAUCUGAGAACAGUGUGGUCAUAGAGAGGACCUCAAUUGUAAGCAUAACCUUCUCACUCUGGCGGGAAGUCGUUGUAAUCGUGGACUCCAGCCUCACGCACAAAAUCUGUGGAGCCUGUGGGAACUUCAACCACGACCCAAAAGACGACCUGACCACAGCGGACGGGGAGACCGCCAUGGAUUUGGUCAAAGUGGUGUGGUCAUGGCUUGCAGAAGACUUCUCAAGAUGGUGA